AUGCCUAUGAAAUGGGAUGAUGGCGCUGUCGCCAUGUUGUGCGGCACGAUUGUUGCAAUCCUGGGCACUGAUGGCAUCACUCAGGAGCAAAAGGAUGCAAUCGUGGAGAGGAUGAAUUCCGCUGGCUACGAAGUUGCCUGGAACGGUAUUAGAAUCAUCCAUCCGUACAAAAUGCCCAGAUUCGAAGAUAUCAAGGGGGAUCUUUUCGAAGCCAUCUGGCGCGUUAGUGCUCCGACGUUCGGGCCAGAGCAGCAGACGGCGGUGAUCGCCCAGCUCAAGGCCAAAGGCAUCGAGAUGACCUGGGACGCUGUGCGUGCGCCCGGUCUGCACGAGGACCUCAUUACUGUGCUGCUUAAGCAAGAUAUAGUUUCCACUGAAAAUUGGAAGGCUGUGCUUGCCGGUAUGCAUGAGGCUCAGUAUCAGUUCACUUGGAGAGGAUUUGAUCACGCAUGUUAUUUUUUUCCUCCCUCUUUCUCUCUUGUCUCCCUCUCUUUGGUUUUUAUCCUCUACCAUCCACUUUUACUCUCACCUUCACUCAACUUCAUCUCCAACUUGACCAUCAUUUUAUACCAACACCAAAAUAUCACAUCAAACCAAACAUCAGCAAUGGCUACCAAUUCUGCCGGUAGGACUAUUUGGGAUGAUAGAGCCCGAUCUGUUCUUCUUCAAGCCGUUAUGGAUGUUGCACCACCGUCUGCGGACCAGUGGGAGUCCAUUUUGGAGAAAGUUCAAGAGAGUGGUUACAUUUACACUCAAAAGGCUGCAUUCAUCAUCAUCUACUUUUCUCUACCCAAAACACUGUUCAAGAUGUCUGGAGGUCGUGUCAGCCAUCGCUGGGACGACAAGUCCGACCGUGACCUGCUUAUUGCAGUUGUGACCGAGUUGACCUUGACCCCAACUUCCGAACAAAUGAAAAACAUCGUCCAGAGAUGUCACGAAGCUGGAUACACCUUUACCAUCUCAGCUGCAACGCAACACCUGCAGAAGCUCAAGAAGAAGGACCCCAACGGUCCUGGAGCAGCGACACCCUCGACCCCCAAGGGCAAAAAGACCACCGCUUCCGCCGCUAGCUCCGCUACCAAGUCGACUUCGAAGCGAGGUCGCCAGUCCUCAAAGGUCUUCACGGACAUGGACAAUGACGAGGAUGACGACUUCAACAACGGCUCUUUGGCCAAGAAGCCCAAGACGGAGCAGAAAGCAGAGACCGACUCGAAGAUUGACCAGGUCAAAGCCGAGCACGUCGAGGAGGAGGAUGCCAUCUAGAAAUGGGCUUUUGAGGGCAUUCGUCGGCUGGGACAUACAUCAAAGAUGGGAUCAAUCUUGCUCUCGUGGCAGAAAGAUAUAUCCCAACGGAAGCUCUCAUGGUCUCCUUUUACUCUCAUUUUUCAUUUUCGUCGCCUACGGUAUUUCAAGGCAUUGUUCAUAACUGAAAGGCGUUUAUUUCGGCCAUGAUGAAAAAGAGCACAUGGCAUUUUGAUUGUUAUCAGGCAAGGGGAAAGUAUCAGAUCAACAAGUUAGUUGAUGGGAGACGGGGCAAAACGAACCGCUGUUAUGGUGACAACGGACCUGAAAACCAGUUUAUUACGAG